AAAGCUAAAGGGCAGCCCUCUAAGCUCUUUAAAGAAGAGAUAAAUAAAAUAAAAGAUUUUAUAAGAUCUUCUAAGUUCACAUAUUAUCUUUCUUAUACUAGAAUUAUAAGAUAUAUAAAUUUUUUAGUAUCUAAAGAUAUAAUAACCCAUAUACUUUAG